AUGCCUUACGAGGAAGAAGAAGAAGAAGAAGAAGAAGAAGAAGAAGAAGAGGAAGAAGAAGAAGAAGAAGAAGAAGAAGAAGAAGAAGAAGAAGAAGAAGAAGAAGAAGAAGUGAGGACCGCAAAAAUUAACCAUGAUCAAGGUUACAGUAUUAUUCAUGAUAUUGGGUGUGAUGAAUAA